AUACGUUAUGGAAAAUUUCAACAGUAGUCCAUCUAUUGACAUUAGGCUGGCAGAAUUUCUCUUUGUGUGCUGGAAUUGGCCAGGUGCAUGUUUUUUGCCAGACGACAUCAAUAGUAAGUUUACACAUCGUCCAUGACAGUGGACCUGUAAGGGAGUCACUGAGGGUCAUCUGACCAUGAUGGAGGAUAAACAGGUCCAGACUUCAGAGAAGGGUCAUCCUAUGAAGCCCCAGGUGGUAAGCGAGGCUGACCUGGACCAAAUCGCCCCUAGGACAAGGGUAAUAAAACCAUCAUUCUGGGCAAGGAGGAAGAACCAGAUGAGAUGCUCUCAGGAAACAGCCAGGUGCUUACUGCUGAAAUACGUCCCUGUCCUGCGCUGGCUGCCGCGGUACCCGGCUCGGGAGUGGUUGCUGGGAGAUGCCAUCUCCGGAUUCAGUGUUGGCAUAGUCCAGCUGCCUCAAGGACUGGCAUACGCUCUUCUGGCAGGCUUGCCACCUGUUUUUGGGCUCUAUACCUCAUUUUAUCCUGUAUUUAUGUAUUUUCUUCUGGGGACCUCAAGGCACAUAUCAGUAGGAACAUUUGCUGUGGUCUGUGUCAUGAUUGGCAGUGUUACAGAAUCCCUGGCACCCAAUGAGAAUUUUAUGAGAGGAGAAAAUGCAACAUUUAUUGACACGGUAGCCAGAGAUGCGCUAAGAGUGGAGCUGGCCACAGCACUGGCAUUCCUUGUAGGACUGUUUCAGAUCGCACUUGGCCUGAUCCAGUUUGGAUUUGUGGUGACGUAUCUCUCGGACCCAUUGAUAAGCGGGUACACCACAGCGUCAGCAGUCCAUGUGUUGGUGUCACAGCUCAAAUACCUCUUUGGAAUUAAAAUGACCCAGAGAACUGAGCCACUGUCAUUAUUAUAUACGAUAAUAAAACUGUUCUCAAGAAUUACCCAGACCAAUAUCGGCACGUUGGUCACCAGCGCUGUCUCCACUGUGGUCCUCAUUCUGAUGAAAUUUUUGAAUGAGAAGUUCGCCUCCAAGCUUAUAAUCCCAGUUCCCAUCGAGCUGAUCAUGCUCAUUGUCUGUACUGGCAUCUCUUAUGGUGUUGGACUGUAUGACAAGUAUGGAAUAGAAAAUGUCGGAGACAUCCCUGUUGGCCUAAAGGUUCCCAUGUUACCUGACUUCAGCCUGUUCAGAGACAUUCUUGGAAACUCAUUCGCUAUUGCCGUGGUGGGAUAUGCCAUUACUAUUUCUUUGGGAAAAGUAUUUGCUUCUAAGCAUGGCUACAAGGUGGACAGCAACCAGGAGAUGAUCGCUAUCGGCAUCAGUAAUUUUGUUGGGAGCUUCUUCCAGUGUUUUCCCAUCAGUGCCUCUGUGUCUCGAUCCGUGCUCCAAGAAAGUACCGGAGGAAACAGCCAGGUAGCCAGCGCCAUAGCAUCAUUUGUGAUCUUUGUGAUCAUCCUCCGGGCCGGGGAACUCUUCCAGGACUUACCAAAGGCCAUCCUAGCAGCAAUCAUUAUAGUCAAUUUGAAGGGGAUGUUUAAACAGUUCUCGGAGGUCCGUGUCCUAUGGAGAACCAAUAAAAUCGAUCUGAUUGUCUGGUGGGUGACUUUUGCAGCAACCAUUUUGCUAAACAUGGACAUUGGCCUGGCAGUCUCUGUGACGUUUUCUUUGCUGACCAUUAUAUUUCGGACACAGAUGUCCAAUUACUCAGUCUUUGGAUUAGUUUACGGAACUGAUGUCUACAGAGAUGUGUCCAGGUGUCAGCAGGCCAAAGAGUUGCCAGGAAUUAAGAUCUUCCACUCUUCAUCCACAGUCUUCUACGCCAACGCCGAGCAGUACAGCCAGGCUCUGUAUCAGAAGUGCGGACUUGAUGUUGAAAGACUCAUCGAAAAGAAGAGAAAAGCCUUAAAGAAAAUAAAGAGAAGAGAAGAGAAAGCUUUGAAAAAAGCGAAGAAGGGAAAUGAACCUAAAGAGAUCUCGGGGCAUGACAAUCUGGGGUUUGAUCGUCUGGAACUUGGAAAACUUGAAUAUGAGACAGAAGAGAACAAAGAGCAAGAUAUGACUGAGGGCUCCAUCAUCGUCGUCCCCGGCCAGGCGACCAGCGACGAGCGCGGUGGGAGGAGCCUGCUGCAAUCUCUGGGUUUGGACAAACCAAAUUUCCACUCUGUGAUCCUGGACUUUUCUGCCGCGAAUUUCGUAGAUACCGCCUGCGUCAAAGUGUUAGGAAAAAUUUUUAAGAAUUUUGCUGAAAUAGAAGUGGAUGUGUACCUGGCGGGCUGCAAUGUGACCGUGAUCACCGGCCUGGAGGAAGGGAACCUAUUCAAUGAUACCAUCACCAAAUCUCAGGUGUUUCCCUCUAUCCAGGACGCCGUUACAUUUCUGACCAUGGAUCACGACCACAUCUCCAUCCACGGUGUCAAUGGUUGCCCGGACACAAGACUGUGAGAUGAAUAUUUGCCUGCAGUCAUAAGGUUGCCUUGGACAAGAAUAUAGGUCUCCAUGAAACAGAUGACAAGACUCAAAGGAACAACGUGGGGGAAAUUUAUCAUUUCUGUCAUACAGUGGAGGCAUUGCUGAGAUGAGUUAUUGCUGCCCUAAAGUAGCACCUGACCCUGACCACUCCUUCAUUGUGCAUCUCUUUAGGGCUCAUUCACACCCAGCCAUCCACCGGCAUCAAUCUGCAAUUCUUGCCAAUGAAGAAUGGUCAAACAUUCCCAUAGACACACUCCUAAACCUUGUGGGCAGCCUUCCUAGAAGAGUUGAAGCUGUUG